UUCCCCUCAUUUUUAUUGAAAAAAAUGCAAGGAAUUCGUGUUGUUGGUUUCUCUUACGCGCAUUUAUCAAACCGUAUAAUUGCAACCAAUAAUAAAUGGGCUGAUCAAGUUUCAAAUACAAUAGACGAUGAAUAUUUGGAUCAAAUAGAAAACUUAAAAAUAAUUACAGCUUUAGGAUAUGAUAAAGAUUUUAAAGAGGUUGAAUGUUGGGGGCAAUCAGUAUUUACAAUUGAAGAAAAAAAAUCAGUAUAUCCUGUCGAAUUAUUUAAAUUACAUAUGAGUGAUUCGGAUAAAGAUAAAGACAAAUCAAAAAAUGCUCACCUUCCGGAUAAUUUUGAUUAUAAGAAAGCUAUUACCGAUUAUCUUAAGGAAAUGGGAAAGGAAAUUAAAAAGACUAUAAAAACUCGUUGGUCUGGUAUUGAAUUACACCAAGUGCUCUUUGUUCUUGCAGUUCCAGCGGGAUUCCCGGAAAAUUCAAAAGCAAUAUUGAGAAAAUGUGCAUACGAUGCUAUGAUAAUAAAUAACCUAAAAACAUGGAAGCUACAAUUCACAACAGAACCUGAAGCGGCAGCAAUAUAUUGUAUAGACAAUAUCCCUAAAGAAAAAAUCAGUGAAUAUAUCAAGAAAUCAUUCUUAGUCGUUGAUUGUGGUGGUGGUACCGUUGAUUUAACAGUUCGUAAACUAUUAAAUAAGGAUGAAUUAGGCGAAGUGACUAUAAGAACAGGAGGUCUCUGUGGGUCGACUUAUGUCGAUAAUGAAUUUAUAAAGUUUCUUGAAAAUAAACUUGGAAAAUCCGCAAUUAACAGUUUAAAGGAACAUCAUUAUGGGCAAUAUCGACUUUUGAUACAUGAAUUUUGUAAAAACGUUAAAUUUCUUUUUACUGGUGUUGAGGAAGAAUAUAAAACCUAUGAAUUGGAUAUUAAGAAACUAAGUCCAAAAUUGAAACAAUACGUUACUAAACAACAUUCAGAUGAAAAUCGAUGGAUGAUUAAACUUGGGUUUGAUGAUGUUAAAAAAAUGUUUGAUCCUGUUAUUAACCAAAUAAUUAAAUUAAUUCGUGGUCAAAUUGAUCAACUUGAUAAAGAUGACACGUGUCCAAUCAUGUUUUUAGUUGGAGGUUUUAGUGAAUCGAAAUAUUUACAAAAAAGGAUCCGAGAAAAUUUUAAAGAACAACAGAUUACAGUGUCUCCUCGACCAAUUGCUGCUGUUGCAAAUGGAGCAGUAAGUUAUGGAAUUAACGAAAAGUUUAUUAAGAAUAGAGUAUUGAAAUAUAAUUUUGGAAGGUCAACCCUUAGACCGUAUGAUGAAAAUAUUGAUUCGAUUGAUAAAAGGAGAGAGAGUGGACAUGUUUUAGUUUUUAAAUUAUUGGCCAAAAAAGGAACAAUCGUUGAUGUUGAUCAAAAAUUUUCUCAAACUUCUCAUCCGGAAAACAGUGAUCAAGAACAAAUGUGGUAUCAAAUAUUAAUAACAGAAAGAGAUGAUGUAAAAUAUCCUGAUGAAGAUGGCGUAAUAAAAUUAGGCGAUUUUAUUAUUGAUUUACCAGAUGCACAUCUUGGUAAAGAUAGGAAAGUUCGGAUUGAAUUAACUUUGGGCAAAAUGGAAAUUCAAGCAUACGCAAAAAACGAAUAUAAUGGACAAGAAUAUGAAACUUCUUUUGGUUAUCAUGAUAAAGAUCUCGUUGAAAAAAUCUUAAAAGAAGAACCUUAAUAUAAAAUCGCGUAAAACAAUUCUUUAUAUUUCGUAGAGGAAAUAUAUUAUUUUAUAAAUAAAAAUUAUCUCAAAUAUCUAUAAAAAUUUCUUUUCGUGACUUAUAUUGAUGUUGAAAUCGUGGCGGAAGACGGAACACAAUUGUCACAGUUGUUUAGAGCAUAUUCUAACUUGGACGUAAUAAUAUUUGCGGUUUUAUAUUUUCACCAAAAACGUAUAAAUGCUCACUUUAUUAUGCGUAAGCUUUAUUGACUUAUAAGCAUUAAUACUGUAUUAAUAAUACAAAAUACACUAGUCUUGUAAAAAAUACUGUUACAAAAAU